AUGUCUCAGAGGUCAAGAAAUUCUAUUCAUGUCCCAAAUGUUACAAACACAUCGCUGGUGAUCUGAGUGUUUACUGUCUUGAACACAGUUCUGAUAUGUCCAGUGAGAUGCACUACAUUGUUGGGGCUGUGGCCAAGGGCAAGGAGGGGUCAGCUGGUGAUCAAGGUGGAUAUGUUAGAGAGGUGGUCACUUAUAUGGUGGUGGAUAACUUGGUGGUGCCAGCCUAUGUCUACUAUCUCUUGCAUUGCUAUGCUUAA